AUUGGGUUUGUAUGGCAUUCCUGGCGUAGUUAUGGGAUUGGUGUACACUAGAUAUCAUUCAACCCUUAAACGUAGGCAUUUCUCGUAAAGGGUAAAGGACUAUCACUUGAGAACUGUCUUUUCCUACUGAUGCAACCAACAUGAGCUCUAGUGGCUACUCUACCGGCUCAUUCUCCACUGGAUCUUAUUCCUUGGAUUCUGAUCGAGGAUUCACCUUGUCUCUUCAUAGGAGUAAGAAUCCUAGUGGGAAGAAGAGAGAGAAACUCAAAGUCAUGUUUGACUUGGAUACAGAGAGUUCUGAAGAUGAAACAUUGGAACCUGAGGAGCUUGGAGAGAGGUUUCUAAAAGUUGAGCUACCUAAUCUUGAUACCACUUCUGUUCCUGAAAGCUAUACUUCAGGUACUUCAGUUUCUGAUGGUUUUGUUACUACUACAGAUGAACCAAAUGAGAUCUAUGAUGAAGCUAACCAUGGAACAGUUAAAAGGAACUUCUAUGACCUGUAUGGCGAUGUCAGACAGUUUUCGUAUGACUCUGGCAUUUCUGAUUCUGGGAAUUCAUCGGAACAACGUCGGGAAUCGUACCCACAUAUCUUUGUCUCGCAUAGACAUAUACCAGAACCAGACUAUGAUGAUUUGCCACAAGGUAAACCGAAAGAAUGCUUUGAUAAACUGCCGCAUAAUUUACCAGAACGAGACUAUGGUGAUCUUCCACAGGCCAUAAGGGUUACCCGAGAUCGUUUUCACCAUGUUACUAUCAGUCGAGCAAUGUCUAAAUCUAAGAACUCAGCCAACACGUCUGAGCGUCGAUCAUUGCCUAUCCAGGCCUUCUUGAAUGGACACUUGUUCCUAGAUUCAUCUAGACUACCUCAUGUCAGAACUAAACGUGGAAAAGAGAAGAAUCGUAUUGGUCUGAAUCAGAUUAAAGUGGUAGAACCUGUUUCUGAUGGUGCUUUCCAAGACAGACAGAAUGGCAUUCAGGUUAUUUACAGUGAGCAGAAUAACGAUGUUACUCUCUAUUUCUUCCCAGCGUCUAAAAAAGAGCAACAAGAAUGGCUUCAUGAUCUCAGAGAUUUGAUUAAGAACAAUCCCAAUCUGAGUGACCGAUAUCACUAUGGUAUCUGGACGAUGUCAAAAUACACCUGUUGCCAGAAGGAUUAUAAGGGAGCUCCAGGAUGUCAGAACACUUACAGAACACAACCUCAACCGUCUUAUCCAACUACACCAUCAAACGGUAAACGCACUCAUGGGCCUCAACAAAUCAACUUACCUGGAGUGCCUAUAAACAACCAGAAACGACCUCCUAAACCACCAAUACCCAUUCCAAAUCCACCUGUUACAGAUAGACCAAAGAUGAUAGUAAUAGCCAAGUAUGACUACGAACCAUUAGAGAAGAUUGAUAUACCAUUGCAGAGAGGCCAGGAAUACUCAGUACUCAAUAACUCAAGAGAAUACUGGUGGAAAGUCAGAGAUAAACACGGGCGUGAAGGUUUCAUACCCAGCAACUAUGUAGAAGAAAAGAGUAAAUAUUCAACAGGCCUAGAAAGAUAUGACUGGUUUAAUGGAACCUGGUCAAGACAAAGAACAGAACUUGAACUCAAACAAGAAGGCAAAGAAGGCUGUUUUACUGUCAGGAAUUCAAGACAACCAGGAUUGUGUACACUCUCAGUAUUAGCCAAAGAAAAAGGACCAGGAGGAGAGGACGUAGUUAGACACUACCACAUCAAACAGAACUCACACAAAGAGUUUUUUGUAUCUGAGAAACAUUGUUUUAGAGAUAUGGCUAAACUCGUUGAAUACCAUCAACACAAUGCUGGAGGUCUAAUAACAAGAUUACGUAAUCCACCAGGGUUCACGUUACCAACCACAGCAGGUCUUGGAUCUACCAAGUGGGAGAUCAGUUGGUCAGAGUUGAAGAUAUUACAAGAGUUAGGAAGAGGUCAAUUUGGUGUUGUCCAUUUGGCUAAACUGACCCAUAACAACCGGUUUGUAGCGGUCAAGAGAAUGCAAGAAGGAUCUAUGUCAGAAGAGGACUUUAUUGAUGAAGCUAAAGUUAUGAAAGAAUUACAACAUGAAAACCUUGUACAGCUAUAUGGUGUAACAUCAGCACAAAGACCAAUGUGUAUAGUCACAGAAUAUAUGUCAAAAGGUUGCCUGUUGUCAUACCUCAGAACACACAAGUAUAUGUUAUUAGAGAGCACCUCAAUACUCAUCUACAUGACCCAGCAGGUUUGUGCUGGGAUGGCCUAUCUAGAAUCAAAGCACUUCAUACACAGAGAUUUGGCUGCGAGGAAUUGUCUUGUAGGUGAUAAGCAUAUUGUCAAAGUAGCAGACUUUGGUCUUACAAGGUAUGUGAUGGACGAUGAAUACACCAGCUCAGGGACUAAGUUUCCCAUCAAGUGGGCUCCACCUGAAGUACUCCAUUAUACUAGAUUUAGCAGCAAGUCAGAUGUAUGGGCAUUUGGGAUCCUGAUGUGGGAGGUGUUCUCUGGUGGCCUAGCUCCGUACCCUGCCAUGAGUAAUGUAGAGGUCGUUGAUCAUGUCACAAGACACGACUAUCGUAUGGAUCGACCUGAUCAUUGUCCAUAUCAGAUGUACAGAAUUAUGAAUGAGUGUUGGAGAGAGAAACCAGAGCAUAGACCAUCAUUCAACUCCUUGACUGGUAAAUUAGAUCAAUUAACAGAAAGAACAGAGGUCCAUCAUUCAUGACACCAAUAACAAAGCUGAUCAAACAACAAAUGGUGUGCUAAGGUGUGCAUCUCCGAUAACCACAGUUCAUUGCAUCAAGAAGAGAGUGUCCUAGUCUUUGGUGUCCAGUCACUUUAUUGAAAUCAGAAUCUGAUUAGUGUACAUGGUUCAUCAUUUGGUUGAGGUGAUAUUGCUGCUUCCAAUGUAUCAUCAAUUUACUAGGAACAUUAUAUGUACUAGUCUCGGUGUCCAGCCACCUUUGAUCAAGACAUCAAGACUCUAUCAUUCUACUUGAGAAUGUAGACAUGUUCGACAUUAUUCAGAAAUGCCUAGAAUGAACCUGAUGACGUGUAGAAUAAAGCAGAACACCCAUGUUGUUUUCUUAAUCCGAUGAUAAUGAAUGGGCCAUGAGAAACUAAGUGAUGAGCUUGGAUUUGGAUUUCAACUGAGUUUGUUUCACUCUAUGAUCUGGAUAGAAGGGGCACCUCCUUCAAACUGAAUGUCAGCAUUAAGUGUUUCCAAAGAUUGCAGCUGUUAUUUGACACCAAUCUUAGUCUUGUAGGACAGACCCUGAUUUGUAAGCCUUGAUGUGACCUUGACCAAGCCUUGGGAGGUGAUGUGUGUAAUUAUUGAUGACUCUUGGAUAGGACUGUAUUGAGUGUUAGGCUUCGUAGGGUGACUCCAGAAACAAUGUGAUUGUUGAAGGCUCCAGCCUACAUACCUCAAUCUUGCUUCCAUCAAUGUGUAGCUUUAGUUUCAUUCAUUUGAUAACCCUUUUGCCAGAGUCAUAGAAAUUGAACUUGCGAAUAAUGGAACCGGCCCAUUCACGGCAAUAGCCCUUGGGGCACCUACUACCAAGACCAACGUUCUCAACAGAACAUAUCAUCAUAUGAUGACAAUGUUACCAGCAAAGUUGGUUUUCAUGCAGGUAGCCAAUCAAUGACCCCUCCGCAUAUGACUGGGCCGAUUCUCUGAUCCAUCCACAUAUGGCAUCAAUACUAACAAGUGGUACAGGGUCACUACAUCAUUCAGAAUAAAAUGCUGUAAUAAUAAGAGCUAAGGUAUUGUAAUAUUUCAUGGACUUAUAUGUAAUGUUGAUACUAGCCAAUAAUACCAUCUCAGAUACUAGUAUACACUUAGGCUGCAUUCUUUUUAUACUGAUAUUGAUGAGGUAUUUCGUUAUUUUACAUGUUUGCUCAAUAAUAUUUAUUUUUCUACCACGACACAACUCUCAUCACAAUAAGGAACUAUAUGUUACUUGUAAAAACUUUUUGUACACUUUAUCAUUCACAUUUUAUUUGCACUUAUGAUACUCGUAUUGUGUGUGUCAUGCUAUAUCACUGUUGUGAGAAAUCUGAUUAAAAAUCUAAAUACAUUCCUCCUAAAUGACAAAUUAGUGUAAAAUCAACUCUAAAAAAGGAUUAAAAAGAUAAGAGAAAGCAGUAACAAUUUAUAAGUUGUAUCUGCGGAAUAGUGGACUCCAUGCAAGAAAAGAACAAAGAACAAGUUUUCAGUUUCAGUAAAUUACAUUGUGCACUAGUGAAUGUCUUUAUGUAUUCCUGUAUUGUACUCCCAUAGUCCCACCGAUACUACCAGGCUAGAUUUGACUGGUUUUACCUAAAGAGGACCAUCCCCACUGAUAAUCAUGUACUAAUACUGUAAACACAUGCCGAGGAAGCUAGACAGAUGUGGUGCUUGUUAAAACAUUCCUGGCUGAAUAGCUAGCACACAACUAGCAGUGAUAAGGUAUAAGAUCAAUAUGCAUAUUCUCCAGUUAGCUUUCUGUAAUAAGUAGUUGGGACCUUGUAGGAUUCCUGCAAGUUACCAUUGCAUGGCAAAGUUACCAUAAUGAUAACUUUUAUGCAACAGGGCCCUGACCCGCUGUGUUGGAUCUCCCUGAAAUUAAUCAUCUCUAUUUUCUAGUACAUAUGAAAAGUUGUUUUGUUCUCAAAUUAUCAGAGCAUUUAUAGCAGAUCAUGAAAUGAAGUGAAUUGAUUGGGGUGUCAUGUAAGAAAGGAUGGAUUGCUUUGGGGGGAAUAUCAUUUUUCUCAUAUUUUUAUCAUAUUGAUAAUAUCCAGACUCUGUUUCUUAUAUUGAAAUUGUGCAUCUUCUAGAAUUACUUAAAAAUAAGUUGGCUAUCAGGGAUAAGAGUGUUCACCAAUUACCAAGAAUGGUGUUCUAGUCACUUCAAUGAUGUAAUGAUGAAAACUUGUUUUUUUUUUUGUUGUCUUUGGCAAAUUAUACCACACCACAUUCUGAAACAACACCUUUGGAUCGAAUAAGUGAAGAAAACUAGACUAGUAUUAAAGUGCUUUGUAACUGCAAGGAAAAUGGUCUCUACCAAAAUUCUUGCUAUGUAUUAGGUUAGAUUGGUUUUGUUCCCAAUUUUCAACCUCAAGCAGAAUAGUAUGAAAGAUCAAGCGUUUUAUUCAAUUCCAGGGUUUUUUCCCAUCACUUUUUUUCAAAACUUACUGUCUUCUUAGUAAAGUUGUUUAACGGUCUGACAUGCGCAGUCUUCCAAUGAUAUUCAUUGGUUUUAUAAGUAAAAAGUAGUGUUCUGCAUCUUAAUUUUUUCUCUCUAAUCAGCGAACCAACUUUCCUUCCUAUCUUCAUAUUUUGACAGUCUGCAGUAUGAAAUACUUUGAAGGACUGCUUGUAUGUACUUUCAACUCAAUAGAUUAUUUUGCAUACCUUUGUAACUAUGCAAAUAUAUAUCAUAUGUACAUUUCACAAUAAGGAUGGAGAUUUUUUUUAGUUACUUCCACAUUUCGAUGUCUUUGUCUUUUCAAUUUUGGGGCAUCUUUUUAUAGCUUUUAUAUAUUUUGAAUUUGAAACUCAUUUGGUUUCUACACAAGCAAUAUAUUAUAUUUUUAUAGUGUGUCAUACAGCUGCAGUUGAAUAUUUUUCAUAUUAUGUUGCAUAAUCAGGUCUAUGAUUAAUUUGUGAGCCUUUUUUAUAUACAUCUUAAGAUUGAAUUGUUUCAAGAAACUAUUUCAUUCAUCUUGUGCCAACAUGCAAAUACAAGAAAAUCGUGUGAACUGAAAAUUCUUUAUGUUUUAUAUAAACAAAUACAUACGUUAUUAAAAUUUCACAGGUCGUAGGCAGCCAUGUUUUUGUUAGUGUCAGAAGAUGGAAUUUCAUGGCCCUAUAGAUGCUAUCAAUGUUUGUGGUGUAAAAUAAAGCCUCGGACAAAGCACUGCAAGUGAGCACUGCAAGUGUCAAAUGCCCUUAAAAUAAGUGAAAUUACAAGUGGUGUAUUCAAUCACUGGCAUGUUUGUGAACGGUUAUAUUCUCACUGAUUAUUUAUUAAUCUCAAAAUUAUUCAUGCAUUAGUUCUGACAUUAAAUUUUUAAUCACAAUAAUGCAAGAGCUAUUAAAAUUGUAUCAUCAUUCCAUGACAUUUUUUUUUCAUACUCUUUCUAUUUUCAUUAGUCCUUUUUUAAAUUGAAUGUCACUUACAGGCAUAUCAGACUUCAUAGUGUCUGGGCUUCAAAAACCAAAAAAAAAUAUUUUGUUGGUACAAAUUAAAAGUAUGAAGGAUGCACCAUGAGUCAUUCACCAUAACACUUUUAUUAAAAUUGCUCUCUAGAUGUUUGAUGUUAUUUGCUAUUAAUUGUGAGCAGGUUACUAUCAAAUUCAACUAAUGAUGAUUACUCAUAGAUGCUAUAAUGCAUUCAUACGUAUAUAGUAUGGUCUACCCAAUGGAUUAUUGAGAGGUACAUUGUAUUACUCCUGAUAUAAUGCUAGCUACUGUUUUCAGAAUGUAGUACAUUCAAAAAAUUAAUCUUUCUGAAUAUCCUCCAACCUCUACUGGAUUGAACGCAGCACAAUGUGGAUUAAAUACAAGGUCAUAUCAACUCCGCUUUUGACAGUCUUGUUCUUUGGAAAGGUACUUUAAAGUAGACUAAUCCUUGUUCUGAUUGUAAGAGGUAAGAUUGCAAACACUUUCUAAGGAGCAACUCUAGCAAUACCUUGUGAUUUCAUUCUUGUUAUUGACAUUUGUUAUAUUUUCAUGUAUUUAUUACUGAUUGGUCUGACUAUUGGUGUUGCACUUGUCGUAUAAGUAUCAUAUAAUCAUUUCAAAUCAUGUCAUUUUAAUCCUGCCAUUAAUUAUGUAGAAGUUGUAAUACUCAGAAAGAUGUAAAUUACUUAUCAGAGCAACUAAUAUUGCUUUUUAAAUGUCUGUAAUAGUAAGAUGGGUGAAUAUUGCAUGUCAUAUAUGAUUAUCCCUGUUGUUUGGUGUAUCAUGAUGUGUGAUUUGUAUAGCUUGUGAUGUAAAUUGAUUAAUUUGUAUAUGAUGUCAAUUCUCCUUGUACUCCUUGUAAAGUCUUAUAUAAUGGCUACAUACAAUCACUUUAUAUCUGUAAAUAUGAUCUCAUAUAAAUAUAUCUAUAUAUAAUAUGCAUCAGCGUUUUGUAAUUUUUAGCGGUGCAUGUAUGAUAAAGGGCCUAUAUGAUCAGAUGAGAUUGAUAUCAAUGAUGAAUAAAAUAUCUCAUGAUGGGUGAGAGGUGAACAAUUUCAAA